AAGCCGAAAUCUGGCUUAAUAUAUAAAUAACCAUUAUAUAUAUCUCAUUAGAAUCCUAGGGUUUGCGCAGCUCGUCUCAGCAGGGGAACGAAAGCACCGGUACCUCCUCUUCCGUCGCCGCCACCAUGGGUCGUAUGCAUAGUCGCGGUAAGGGUAUCUCAGCCUCAGCUUUGCCAUACAAGAGAACUCCGCCAAGUUGGCUUAAGAUCUCUUUCCAGGAUGUGGAGGAAAACAUAUGCAAGUUUGCGAAGAAGGGUCUGACUCCGUCCCAGAUCGGUGUGAUUCUUCGUGACUCUCACGGUAUCGCUCAGGUCAAGAGCGUUACUGGAAGCAAGAUCCUCCGUAUUCUCAAGGCUCACGGCCUUGCACCCGAAAUUCCAGAGGAUCUGUAUCAUCUUAUCAAGAAGGCAGUCUCCAUCCGUAAGCAUCUGGAGAGGAACAGGAAGGAUAAGGAUUCAAAGUUCAGGUUGAUUCUUGUUGAGAGCAGGAUUCACAGGCUCGCUCGCUACUACAAAAAGACAAAGAAGCUUCCACCUGUCUGGAAAUAUGAGUCGACAACUGCCAGUACACUUGUUGCUUAAUAAAUAUGUAGCUCUGCACACUUCUUCCUUGAGAUAUAUGACUAAUGUGAAUGAAGUCUUCUGGUAGAUUCGUCCAACUGUAAGACCUAAUUCAUGACAAUGAGAAAGGUUUUGUUAUGCUGCUUCUAAUUGGGGAGUAGAUGGAACCAAGAAAUUUGUAUUUUUGGAUUUAGAGGGUUAUUUAUUUGUCUUUUCGUUUC